ACAGCAAUGAGGUUAAUGUUAGUAUGCUUUUAGGAGAUUUAAUUUAACUUUAUUGUGUUGUAUUUGACUUUGCCAUAAACGAUUUUUAAUGUAGCAAAAUAUAAAAGUGUGUGUAUGGCAAAUACACGUAUUGUGACUUUUUUAAUACAAUGCCAAGAUACAAAGUGGUGUAGUGUUAUACAGCUUUGAUUCGUAUGAUUCGGUAUUAUCUAUUGUUACGCUUCCAAACAAAAUCUUUAUAACGCUGCUUUCACAGCAUAACAGUAAUUUUUAUUCGAAACGUGUGUUAAUGCAGUAAAUAAAAAGUUGUAAUGAAUGUUCCUCAGCUAUUCCUCCUAUGUUUAUCAACUAUUCUGCCCAUCGUAUAUGGAAACAAAGACGUGCCAUCUUAUCAAAUAGAAGCAAUUAGUGGUGAGACCAUACAUUUACCCUGCAACGCAACAACUAACUCUGGUGAUGAAGUCAUUCUAAUACUUUGGUAUCGUGAGGGUAAAGGCACUCCUAUAUACAGUGUUGAUAUACGAGCUGGAAUAUCUAAAACUGCAAAGCGAUGGUCUGAUGAAACUGCAUUUGGAGACAGGGCUCACUUUAUACUUGCUAACGAGCCAUGGCAGUUAACUAUUCGCAAUAGUCAAGUGUCUGAUACUGGGGUGUACAGAUGCCGAGUUGAUUUUGAUAGAGCACAGACGUAUAACAGUCAAAUCGCAUUAACAGUAAUUGCUUUGCCCAAGGAAAUCAUCAUAAGUGAUGAAAAUGGCACUAAACGAUCAACCGUAGUUGGACCUUACAACGAAGGCGAUUUUCUAAUACUUAAAUGUGAAGCCAUCGGAGGCAAUCCUAGACCUGAAUUGGUAUGGUUUUACGAAGGCGUCCAAUUAAAGUCUGAAAUGAGCUUGGAUGUCGAUAAAAAGUCACUACAAAGUGUCAUAAAAUUCGGGCCUUUAAAAAGAGAACAUCUGAAUGGGCGUCUCUCAUGUCAAGCGGGCAUUCAUCAAAAAACAGCAGCUAUCGAGGCUAUUGUGCAAAUUGAUAUGAACUUUCCACCUCUGAAUAUUCGUUUACUUGGAGCACGUCAGCCACUCUCUGCCGGCCUCCGAUAUGACCUCUUAUGCCAAAGUGCCGGAGGAAGGCCUCCCGCAGUUAUAACAUGGUGGCAAAAUGAAAUCCGACUAGAAAAAACCACAGAAACUACAUCAAGUGACGGGAAUCAGACAACAAGUACGUUGUCGGUCACUUUUGAAAAAUCCGAUGCCGGGAAGUAUCUCUCCUGCAAAGCGUAUAAUCUUGCUAUAACAACAACACCCUUGGAAGAUGGGUGGAUACUCGACAUUCAAUAUACUCCUGAAGCUGAAAUACGUCUCGGGACAUCUCUAAAUCAAAAUACCAUUAAGGAAGGCGCAGACGUUUACUUUGACUGCGUGGUAAAAGCGCAUCCCCCAGCUUACCGCGUGGAUUGGCGUCAUAACGGUCAUCAUUUACCAACUAAUAUAUCCCAAGGUGUCAUUAUUAGCAACCAUUCGUUAGCUUUGCAAGGCGUGAAUAAAGCAAGUGGCGGUAAUUUCUCCUGCAUCGGAUAUAAUACCGAAGGAGAAGGUCAAAGUCCCCCAUUUACAUUGGAUAUCCUAUAUGCGCCAAUAUGUGUGUCCAAUCAAACGAAAAUAUAUGGAGUUGCAAAACAUGAAAAUGUGAAUAUAAAAUGUACCGUAGAUGCGAAUCCUCCUACGGUGAACUUUAAUUGGGCUUUCAACAACUCUGUUGAAAGUAUAGACGUUGCAGCCAAUCACAUUUUAAAAGCAGGAUUAACCUCAUCUGUGGAAUACACACCAAUUACAGAACUAGAUUAUGGAACUCUGCUUUGCUCAGCCACUAACAGUAUCGGCAUUCAAAGAACGCCUUGUAUGUUCCACAUUAUUGCAGCGGGUCGCCCGGAUCAAGUUCAUAACUGCAGCUUUAUAAACAUGUCUGUGUCAUCGCUGACCAUAGCAUGUACUGAAGGAUUUAAUGGAGGAUUGCCCCAACUCUUCAUUCUGGAAGUUAUGAAUAUGCAUACGAAGGAGCUGUAUCUGAAUAUAACAUCAACAUAUCCCAGAUUCACUAUCUCUGCUUUAAUUCCCACACAUCCAUACGUCUUAGCGGUGUACGCUUUUAAUUCAAAGGGGCGGUCAGAAGCCACCAUCUUAAAAAGUGACGUAUUAAAAAUUACAGAGAAGCGAUUAAAUGCGUGGAAAGUUCAAAACCAUCAAACUGAAUUCGUUUUCCCCCCUUUGAUGUCUUUAACUGUGGGAUUAACUAUAACAAUGUGUAUAGCGGUCUUAGCCGUGAUUCUCUCUCUGCGUACAACAUGUAGAAACUCAAGACAUAUGAUAAAAGAGUGUUCACAUGAACACAACCGAUGGGAUGCAACGAGUCGGAGCUCUGGUAUUAAAGACAUGGACACGAAUGAAAGUGAUGAGAGAAACCCAGAUGUUAUACCUGAGCUGAUAGCUUCUAGAAAACAGGAGUCAUCAGAAAAUAUGUAUUUUAACAGUAUUAACCAAACUAGUUUGCCGUGGCAUUUAAAAAAUCAAGUGUGGUCUGGAUAUAAUUCAUUAGCAAUUGGCAUGAAUCAUAAGCAAUGUUCGGUAUCCAUGCAACAAUUUUUGAACGGAACGCCGCAAUCAAUACCUGUGUCACCGCAAUCGAGUUCCAAAACAUUUUCUAUCAUAAAUUCAAGUUCUAUAGUACCAGAAAUGCCUGCUUUCGGGAAACAAUAUGAAUUUCAGACCCGGGGUCAAGCAAGUCGAAGAUAUAAAAACAAUUACUUACGGAGGGGGGAGCAAAUUUGCACGCCAUGUGAUGAAAUUUCAGCUCAAACUCCGCUAAUGUUAAAACGUGGGAGCACGAUAUGACUAUAGGACACAUGCAGGGCGUUUAGCAUGAUCCUGCAAGUAACCGAAUGAUUUCCAUACGAAAUAUUAUCUCCCAAAGGUCUCACAUUUUUUGUAAUUGAUGUAAAUUUUAUAAAUAUAAGAAUAAAAUAAA